AUGAAGAUUCGGUUCACGCCAAAAAUUGAAGAAAGACAGGAAUUGGAAAUGGAAUGGAAGAAGCUGAUGGCAAAAAAUCAAUUUCUUCGGAAUCCACGCUAUGAAGUCACCCCAAUCAACUCUUCUCAUCCGAUUGCUAUCUUUGGAGCGGAACCAAAGAUCAUUGAGUUUACCUCUUAUCGAGUGGGCACUCUCCACGAGACACAAGUGAAAGUGAGAAACAUUUCAAAACUGACCAGAUCCAUGCGAAUUUUGCCCCCGAGGACGGUACAUUUUUCACUCGGUCGAGGCAAGUUUCCAGAACAAAAGAAGAGUGCUGUCGCACCUGGAAUGGCUGUCAUAUUUACUGUACAAUUUCGACCGGAAACAUUAGGAGACUACGAGGACGAAUUGGUGGUCGAAUAUGAAGCACAAACUCAACCACUUGUGAUCCCUAUCCACGCGAGAAGACCACGAGCUGGAGUUAAUUUCCCAGAUAUAUUUCACCUGGAUCAUUGCCUGCUGUAUGAUCGAAAAAGCGUGCUUUUCCAGUUGCACAGUUCCAACAGAAGCCCGGACGCAGACACGCGGUUCAUCCUGCUUACAAUGGACGAGUUCGAAGCGUAUCAAAACGAAGGUCUGGUCCAGUUUGACUCUUACUGGUCAAAGGUAAUGCAACAAGAAAUCACGAGGGUGGGCUCGUUUUCAGUUAGACCAUCCAGAUGGACUGUGACCUCCGAUCAGUCCGAAAUUCGCAUUCAAAUCGAUUUCUGGCCAAUCACAUUGGGCGAACACAAGGAAUCAGUUUUUAUUGCGGCGGACAACGGAGAUUAUUGCCCGGCACGACUGAAAGGUAUCGCAGAAAAUGCCCAUGUACAACUGGAAUCGAUAGAUCAGUGUGAACCAAACAAGGAUAUGCAGACGUUUCGUUGUGUCACGGAAACCUCGGAGCUUUGUGUUUAUUUGUAUCUCUUCCCAGUGAUGUAUCCGCAUACAGCAGCUACAAAAUUGCUAGUUAUUCGCAAUUUAAGUCACUCGGAAUUGUCGUACGAGUGGAUUAUCACCGACCAGACGUUAAGCCCCGAUUCAGGCGCGCAUGGGUCCGGACAGUGCAAUAUUGAUCGAGAGAUCUCGACCCCGUUUGAGGAUUCGCGGGAAGAAAAAACGGUCGAUGUCUUUGGAAUUCAUCCGAAAAGUGGUCUGCUUCAACCGGACGGCUUGACCUCUUUCGAAGCGGUUUGUUCGCCGUCUAAGGUUGGUGAAUUUUUCGCCACCUUCCGAUUGGUCCUAACAAAUGUACCAGCUCUGCACGAGACUAAUGACCCGGUCACGGUCGAACAGGAACCCAUCGAAUUGGAGUUUCGUGCCAAAAUAGUUGAAUUGCCCGUGUUCCUGGAGCCAAAUGUUCUUAUUCUUCCGGGAAAACACUUGCUGGGCGUGCCAAUACAUCGAUAUGUGAAGUUGAGAAACGGAUCAGCACAUUGUCCCAUUACGUUCUGUUGGCAAAGUCAAACAACCAGAGCAUGCAUUGCCCCGAAUCGCAGUAUGAUCAGCAAUGACAGUGAACAAAAUGCCGGGAUCGAUACUGUCCAGCAACAGGUCUCAGAAACCGAAACUUUGGUAGUGUUUGAACCUGCCUUGGGAGAAAUUCUUCCAGGUGAUGAGAUUCUCAUCGACGUCUGUAUAUCUUCGUCCAGUGUGGGCCGAUUCAUGGAGAAGUUGGCCUGCCACAUUGACUGUCUUCCCAGGAAUCCUUUGUGGCUUCACUUGGAAUGCGAUUUUCAGGCACCCAAAAUGUUAACAGAUCAAUCGGAAUACAACCUGGGCCCAAUUCGACUAGGUGAUUCCGUGUGUAAGCAAGUUGUCAUUACCAAUCCAGCCCCAACUAUCCGACAAUGGAAAAUACGCAUCGAAUGCGGAACUGGCCGCAUGCCCGACGAAGUCAUCCGAAUCGAACCUAAUCAAGGCAUUUUGGAACCUUUCAAUUCACAUACACUGCGCUUGUCGUUCAAGCCCGUCAAAGAGGAAUGCGUUCGAUAUUUUCUCCGUCUAACUACGGCAGACACAACGGAACCCGUCUCACGGCAAAUACUGGCUGAAGUUCAAACCCCGAUGAUGGAUAUACUGCCACCAAAUCUACACUUGGACCAGUUGUUUCGAAGUGUUCCCCAAACCGCAGAAUUUACACUGAUCAACCUAAUGCUUUUGGAGGCGGAUUUCUGUUGGCUUUCGCCAUCUGGUGAGGAUGCAAAAUACGUGGACCUUGAAAUUUUGCCACCAACUGGAAAACUGUUUGCACACGAACGACGAAAAAUGAAACUGACAAUCACAUGUCAUAAACAAAAAUCAAUAGAAGAUCUGAUCGUGCCAUGUGAAAUUCAGGGAAUGACCGGUCGACUAGAAUUGCACAUCACCGGUCACGUGGAAGGCCUCAAUGUGAAUGUGCGCAGAUCACGGCCAAGACCAGGUAACGCGGACAUGAAUGAUUGGUCACCAACUUUGGUGAGCUCUGCGUCCAUGUUCUGUCCUAUUGUCCAGGAUUCUGAACUGAGCAUGGGCGAUGAGAUGCUGCUCCAUCAUCCAGUAUCAUUUUGGAUCGAAAUUCACAACCCAACACCGAUAAACGCUACAGUGCUUACUGAAGUGAAACAUUUUGGAAUAAAAAAGCGGACGGUUGAGCCACCACCUCACUAUAAUCCACCAAUUGGUGUUUACGAUCUGAAUAUCCAGGACGUGUUUAAUCAUUCCAUUUUGAGUGCAUCGGUUCAACGUAACUCUGAGGUUCUGCUCAUGGAACAGCGCCAAAGCGAAAGACGUCUAUUCUUCGACUGGUGCUCGGCAUUUCUCAAACAAACUGCUGGCGCAUGUCUGUUCGCCCACUCUGGCCUUGUUUCACACGACGAUGACCCCACCGAAUGCAAAAUCGUUUCACCUGUUGAAUGUGAAAAACACACUGAACCAAGGUACUUUGCCCAGUCUCGGUGGAAUUUGCCUGCUCAAAGUCGAAUUCGCAUCUGUUUUGUUCUCCUUGUGAACAUGUGGGGCAGAUACAAAGAUACUGUCGAUCUGCGGAUCACCUCAGUCGGUAAUUAUUCCAAUGAACCGGAACCGCCCGUGGUCCAAGUGCCUAUCUGUUACACGUUUGUUGGCUGUCCGAUCGUGUUGGUUGCUCUGAGACCAUUCGGACAGGUGAUCAACAGUAUCAGUAGACAGCUAGGCACAACCCGAGCACAAGAUCUCGGCACGCAGAUGAUUUUACCGGAAGCCAACCGAUAUCACGUGUGUUUUGGAUCGCGUUCACCCGAUGAUCAACCGGUAGUGAGACAAAUUAAAUUGUACAACUCCAGUUCGUCAACACUCCGUAUUGAUUGGCAAAUAUUCUUGGAUGCCCCGGUCAAGAAAACGGAUCAACUGUUGGACGUGGUUUGUUUCACCACACCUGUUUUCUCACCUGAUUGUUCGACCGCGGACACGAGGCAAAUGAACGAUUGCGAUGACCUGUAUGCGCGCUCGUGCAACGAUAGCGGACCAGAGGACAUUGUCAAACUCUUAGUGCACCCUCAUGACGGACAAUUGAUCUGGCAAUCGAGCGGUGCCAAUAUCGCUCCCGUACCGAAGCUUUUCAACAGACUGUUUACCAUUCGGCCGGAACAAUUGUUGCUACGUCCACUAGAAGAGGGACAAGUAGCGGUUGUGUUUGAUCCGAUCGAAGCGGUGGAAAUGAUCGGUCAUGGAAAUCGGUUGAGUGUGAAAGCCCGCGCGUUGGGCCAGCUGACGGAUGAAAGCAACACAAACAAGGUUGUUGGUUCGAAUACUCUUUAUCGAACACUGGCGUUAGAAACAGACCGAAUCACAUUGGACAUAUCAGCAGAUCUCGAAAAACCAGUAAUAUGCCUAGACGUGGAUGACUGUCCACUGAUUGAGACACAACAGUCGAUCACGUCCGUCCAUGGCCUUUUGUUCUCCUUGGGAAUCGGUGAACUUCUAUCACAACUGGAUCAGAACCGCGCGAACAGAGCUCGAACCACAACCACCACCAGUAAACCGGAUCAGCUGAUUUGUGCCAGCCAGAAAGAAAUCCUUGACCCGGUCAUUAUGCACGCACAAGUACUCGCGUUACGCUCAUUUCGUUUGAGAAGUGCAAACCACAUUCCAGUUCGUGUUCAAUUCACGUGUCCGACCGAUUCACACUUUGGGUUUCUGCGCGGUGCGGAUGAGGACAAACUGCGACACGAACGACUCUAUGCGGAAAUGAUCAGAUUGCAACGAAAUUUUGAAGUACUGUUGAAACCGGAAGAGACGCGUAAGAUCACGGUGGCUUUACAAAUUACACCAUCUGAUUUGUCACACUUGACCACGGCCAAACCCCCAUCGAUCGAUGAUGUAACGGUGGAAGACGAUCAUAUGCGUUUUGAAAGUCAGAUCAAACUGCAAGUGUGUAGUGCAGAACAACGAGCAUCAGUUACGCAAGACCGACUUGAUCCGGACUCCUAUACAUUGCAUCUACGGGGUCAUAUCACCCGUACACGGUUUCACUUGUAUCCUCAAGGCUGUGUGGAUUUUGGUACGGUGUAUCUGGGCGAAGCACAACACAGUCAACUCCGUCUGUGUAACCAGAGUGCAACCAGGGCGUGGUGGACUGUUAUCCACGUAGAACGAACAGCGUUUUGCGCUGAUGAAUCAGGUGAGAUCAACCAUGUGGUUUACACAAAGGGUCGAGGCAGAAAAAUUGGUUCAUUCGAGGAGAUUUUCGUGAUACGCGGUGUUUUUGGUGAACCGGAAAUUCAAAUUCACGUACGCGGUCAGGGUUCCAGUGAUGAAAAAUACCGUUCGUUGCUCGGCAAAUAA